AUGCAUCUGAUGCUCAGCAUUUGUGGCUCAACUCAGUCCGCCAUCCAGAUUGCAAGCCGCACAGUGGACACCAUGAGUCGCGCUGUGUCUCUUUGUGCUCUUGCAGUGUUGACUGCGUCGGCAUCUGCCUCCAGCGACUGCUCUUCCUCGCGUGAGAAGAGCGGACAAGCGGGUCUGUCGAUGCUGCAGAGGCGGGACACUGUCGAGAAGGGCCAUCUCGGCAGCGGAAACGACGGAUGGAUCAAUGUCUGCUACUUCACGAACUGGGCGCGCUACCGGACUGGGCUAGUCAAUGAAGGACGUGAUGCCUUCGAAAUGGGGUUGGAUGGGAGCCUCUGCACUCACUUCAUGUACGGCUUCGCCACAGUGACUCCUGACUUCAUGCUGAAGAGCAACGACCCGAACGCAGACCACCCCAGUGGCAGCGAAAGCCAGGACGGCCUCUGCCCCGAGGAGUGCAACGACCCCAGCUUCCGCCCGGACUGGAGCGACCCCAAUGGGGUGCGCUGUGAGUGGCCUUGCUCGGCCACCCGAGUGCGGCGGGGAUACGAAGCACUGACGGUUGGUAUGAAACAGAAGAAUUCGGCCAUCAAGGCUUUGAUCAGCGUAGGCGGCUGGAACUUUAACGAUUGCACCGCGAGCUCUUCUGCUACUUACGGCCAAGGCGCGGCGACCUGUGAGCUUUUCAGCGAGAUCGCCGCCGAUGAAGGAAAAACACGCACGUUUGCGGCCAACAUCAUCGCCUUUUGCCGCAAGUGGGGCUUCGACGGCUUUGACUUGGACUGGGAGUAUCCCGUUGUGGAGGGCCACAACCGCGUUGGUGGUGGCGAGAGCCCUCAGGACUAUGCGAACUAUGUGCGCAUGCUGCGGAUCCUCAAGGAGGAGUUCCAGAAGGAGUCUUCGACGCCCUUGCUCCUCACUGCCGCCGUGGGCGUUGGAAAAUCUACGGCAGACACUGCCUACGACAUCCCUGGCAUGAGCCAGUACUUGGAUCUGAUCAACCUGAUGACUUAUGACUUGCACGGUUCGUGGGAGGCCACCACCGGGUGUAACGCGCCUUUGUAUGCCACGGCUGCGGAUGAGCUCAAAGCAGGCUAUCCCCUUAGCGUCUCCUGGGCUGUGGACUACUGGCUCGAGAAGGGCGCACCGGCCUCGAAGCUCACGCUCGGCUCGGCAGCGUUGCUCUUGUGUGGCCAGGCUGUGGCAUCCUCUUCCAAGCGACAUCGCCACUUCCUGGAGAUCCUGGAGAAGGACUUCCCACCUACGGCCGCGGCUGGAAGCUUUCGGGUGCCGAUCGUGGCUUCAACGCAAAUGCCUCGGGUCCUUGCAGCCAAGGAAGCAGCACAGGGCAAGCGGGAUACCUGGCCUACUACGAGAUCCGGGACAUCCAAGCGAGGGAUUCUGAGGCUUUCACGAGAUUCGACUCAGAACGUGUUUGUGCGUACGUCGUCAGCGACGGCGAGUGGAUCGGCUACGAUGACGAGGCAACGAUUUGUGCAAAGCUCGCGUUCGCGCGUGAGAAGGGGCUGGCAGGAUCCAUGGUGUGGGCCCUGGAUCUGGACGACAUGGACGGCUCCUUCAGCGACAGGCCGUAUCCGCUGA